GCUUCACUGUGCAGAAUGAUGUAUGUGCAGAGUUUGACACUAGAAGUCUGCUAAAGGAGGAAAGUUUCUCUUUGCUCACCAAAAUUUUGAGUUUAAGGCCUGUGUCUACAAUAAUGAUUUAUGAACAUGACUAGUCCUGUAUACAACUUACACAAGUAGGUUAUGAUGUGAAGUCUCCAGUGCCCAUACACUGAGAAACGACUUUUCAGGUAAAAGACAUCUUGUAUCAAGCAGUGAAACAAUGAACAAUUGUUACAUAUCCAUAGAUUUUCGAUUUUUCAAUGAGGCAGAAGCAGUAUGUCAAUUUAGGAAUUUCUAACCAUGUAAUUGAACUUUUUUGUGGAAAAACCAUAUCAAACACAAGUUAUUAUUACAAGCAGGGGAUUUUUAUAUGUCUUCAAACAUGACUGGAACGGGAAUUGUAGACAUGCACAGGAAACCACAGUCUAAGGUAUGUCCAUUAACUGCAGUGUGGGCUGUUCAAUCCUCAGUUCUUGUCUGCAUAAAGUGUCCUUAAGCACUGAGGACCAUGAAUGGCCUAUCAGCUCCAUCACCGUCUGUUUACAGGUGUCUUGCUGUCAGUGUUCACCUUUCUUGCCCUUAUUCACAGUAAGUACCUGAUAUGUAAGAGUAAUGUGUGACGAAAAUGAAAGCAAAUUCAUGUAAAUGGAGAAUCAUUUAGAGAUGAAAAAGUAAUUCCCCCUCAACACCUCAUUGGCCAUUCCAAACAAUCAUGUCUAACUGGUCCCAUCAUUAUGACAGCAAAUAUGAAACAUUUAUGUUUGAAAGGUUAUUAUGGUUGGAUGCAAUAUUUUGCAUGUGAGCACUGUAAAUUUUAACAUGGAAUUUGCCAGAUUCAGAUUGUAUAUAGGAGCUUUCUGUUAGGAUUUUAAAUCAUUUCAUUAGCAGCAGUCCGAUAGUCAAAGGUCCUUCUUUCCACAUACAGACCUAUUAGCUACAGGGAAAAGUCCUGAUGCUGUUGGUUUUGGAAAGGCUAACUUUACUGUUUAGGAACCAGGUGAGGGAAGAGAGAAUAUGUUUUACUUUUUUUGGAAUCAUAGUCAAUGUGUGUCCUAAAUCCUCUCAAAACGACGUACUUCAAUUGGUGGUCAGCAGAUGGCGCCAAUCACCCUAGUUUUCAGUCCUUAUUUAUACAACUUUGAUGCUCAUUUAUAUAGGGUAGGUUUUCUGUAUGAGAUACCAUUAACAUAGUUCAAAAUAAGGUCAUUUGUAGGUGACAAGGACAACAUGUUUUCUGUAAUAUUAAUCUGUCUGAGGUGACAGGAAAUCACUAUUUUCUCUCAAGCCAGUAUCCAUCUUUCAAAGUCAGGCCUUAUUUUGAACUAAUCUCCUGUAUAUCUAGUUAGUUGUUAGCAGUAGGUCAUCAUUCACCCCUAGCAUGCUUACAGUCAUCACAUACAUGACAUUUACACAGCACAAAUUGAUUAUCACAGAAGAACAAUAUCUAUCAGCAUUCACACCAUAAUCAGAAACCUGUCUACAUGCUCUUACUGACCUUCCUCUUUUACCCAUACAAUAGUGAUCAUGAACAUAAUUGUGGCACUUCUGAUGCCAAUUAAGCCCAUCCAAUCCUUUGACUGGGACUAUGGAAGGAUGUAGUGGCUGCAGUAGUCGUGGCGGGGGAUCCGUUAUUCUCUUGCCUCACGCUGUGUCUGGGUCCACUAGUUAGUAGACAGUCUGUGGGGGCUUUAGCCCAUCAGUUCUGGCCCUCUAAACUGGGGAUUUAAGGGGCUUACAGGGGGUUAAACCCUCAAGAUUGGAGCCCUCAACCGCCUGUUUGAGAGAUUACUCUUUUCAGUCUCCCAUUUUCACCUCUCUGUCUUGGUGGAACAGCGGGAAGUGUGAAGGGUGGUCGUUAGAGACAUGCCUCUGCUUGACGUCUCUUGAGUGAGGAAGUGGUGAUAAAUGAGUGUUGAAAAGCUUGAUUAAGUAGAACAUUAACUCAUGCUGUGCAGCUGAAUACUAAGGAACUUGUGGAUAAGAUUUUCAUAAAAAAUACUUUCAAAGUAUUGACACAUCUUGCAUUCAGAAAUUCUUAAAUAGGGGGUAUUGUGCAUUGAGAAGGAUAAGUGUGCAUUACGUACAUGCAAGCAGACAUGAAACAUGGAGCAGUCAGGAGGUGUCUGCACAUUGCUGGUCAGAAAAGGAACCUUAUGCUCCAUUUCUCUUGGGUGGAGAUGUGAGGAGUGGAAGUAAGCAGUGCUGCAUCUUUAAUGAGAGUCUGACAUCCUCAGUGCCUCUGUCUCACUAUCUAUCCUGUCAGAGCUUUCCUCUUCUUCACCUGCAUGGCACUCCUAGGGAAAAGUAAAGAAAAAAAGGGCAGAAAACAGGCAGUGCCACUAAGCCUCACAGAGACUUUCAAGUGCCUCAAAACCACCCCACACCCUCCUCAAAAUCACAGAAGCACCAAUUCCUGAUGUUGGGAAGCCCGGUGUCAUCUGCUUAAGCACAGACUGACUGUACAGACCUGUGUGGACGGGCAGGACAGAGGAAGUGGGCAAGGAAUGCCAUACCUGGAAACGCACACCACUCUGCUCUACCUCGGUCUCAACCUUAAGGGCACCGUGGAUGAGGAUUCCUUUCACCUGUGCAACACUGAGACAUUUUGUGCAUUCGGACAUAUUUAAGCAGAAGAAGAGACAUUCUGGGAAAGUAGAUUUUCUUUAAAAACUAGCAUUAGAAAGACUGUGAGUGCCUGGUCUGCAACUGCAAGGGGAGUUUGAGCAUGUGCAGAUGUGUGGAGCAGUGAAGCUGGCACCUGGCUUGGAGUUUGGCACCAUCUGGACUGGAGGGGUCGCAUCUCCCCUUUCUGCCCAGGGGAGGGAGCGUUGGGCUGGGCACUCAAUGGCCCAGCUCCCCUCUAGCACCAGCCUGAUCCUGGGUCACAGGGACUCCUUCUAGCAAGCCAGUCAGUUGGACCAUACAAUGGAUGGAAGUCUAUGUGGAUUUAAGUGGAAUAGUGCACUGGUGCUCCAGCAUAGGUCAGAGUUCACAAGCGUGCACUGGACUCAUCAGGGGAAAACAGAGGACACGUUGGUCCACAAACCAGCAGGGACACAGCCCCAUUAAUGCUGUGGAACACUUGAAGAAUGAUGAGCUCCAAAGAGGAGGAAACUCUCCGUUUUUUCCAGUAUGUCGAGGAGAACGGGCUGAGAGCCUACAAUGGCCUGGUAGCUCAAAACUUGGACCACGCCAGGAAUGAGAGAAAUAGGGCAUUCCUGCAGGAGAAAAACGACAAGAAGAGAAAACAGGAGGAAGCCAUAAGGAGGACGGGUGAGGACAUAGCAACUGAAGGCAAGCACUUACGUAUGGGCUCUAUUACCAUGCCAGACCCCCAGGAACGCAUGUCCAUGCCCCACCCGCAUGCCCUCGCCUGUGGCCAGGGCUUCUCUGUGCGCUCCCAAUCCCUUCACUCUGUAGGUGGUGGGACCAGUGGGGGUGGAGGAGAAGAAGAGGUGGGAAGCCCUACCUCUAGGAAGCAGCCCCCACCCAAGCCCAGGAGGGACCCGGCCACCAAGUUGAGCAUGUCGUCCGAGGCGGUGGACCACAGUCCCAUGUCCACCUGCCGCGGGGAGAGAUGUGACGCAGCUCAAGGAUGCAGUGAGGACUGCAGGAGGGUGCCGCCGCCCAAACCUAAGAGGAACCCAAACACACAACUGAGUGUUUCCUUUGAUGAGUCCUACAUCAAGACCCACGGAGGCAGUGGGGUUUGCCCUCCCAGACCCCUCCACCACGUCACCUCCCCCUGCGAACGCAACACCUCACCGCCACAGAGUGAUGAGAGCCCUACAGAUGACUGUGAAGAUGAACCUGUCUACAUAGAGAUGGGCGGGAUUGAUGUUGGAGGACGAGAACCGCUAAAGAGUGAGGAUGAGGAGCCAGGAGAGGCUGUGUAUGAGGAGAUGAAGUACCCAGCUCUGGACGAUAUGGAGUACCGUACUGACCCUGUGGGAUGUCGCUCCGCAUGCCCUACCCCGGCACCAUAUGACCCUGAACCUCUCAGUCGCUGCUCCACGCCUCGAAACAUUCCCCUCUGUGACAUUCCUGCACCAUUUCCCAAUUUACUUACCCAUCGGCCUCCACUGCUGGUGUUCCCCCCAGCACCAGCCCAAUGCUCACCCAACUCAGACGAGUCUCCCCUCACCCCUCUAGAUGUAGCCAAAUUGCCCAUGCUGGAGAACCAGUCCUACAGCAAAUCCCCAACCUCUUCUACUGAGCCACCCUCCUCUGCACACAUCCGCAGGGAGCUCACUGCCACCCCAACCCUCACUGUCUCUGGGCGCUCCUCUGCACCUCCUCUACCCUGCACCCUCUACAAAUCUUCCUCCUCAUCCUCCUAUCAGCGCAGCCACUCUGCUUGCCCAUCACCUGUCAGCAUGGGCCGCUGUCUUACCCCACUGAGCCUCAUGCGCACACCUCCCUUUGACGCUCCAAUGCCAUUCCCCGGGGGUCUUCCACGGAGCGCCUCUGCCACCCCUCAUGGCAAGGGCUCACCACCUCAAGACGGUGUGGGUCGACUCCAUGGUUCAAUGCAGAAUGUGUCAACAGGGCGCUCACGGACACCCACAAGCCCACUGGACGAACUAACCAACCUGUUCACCACAGGAAGGAAUAUGCUGAAGAAAAAUGCCAGUGGCAGAAAGUCUAAAGAGCCUGGAGAGACUGAGUCCAAAAGCAAGUCUCACAGUGAGUCCAAGCGUGAAGGCAAGGACCGCCACAGCCACGGUCACAGUCACAGUCACAGCAAGGAGUCCAAGCGAGACAAGGAGCGCCACAGCAAAGAGUCUUCUCAUCGCAGAGACAAAGACAAAGACAAAGAAAAAGACAGAGACAGAGACAAAGACAAAGACAGAUCCAGCCAUGUAGAGUCCCUUUCUCACAGGCGCAACAGUAAAGACCGUACUUGUAGCGGCGUAGAAGUGCCACCUGUUCGCAGGGAUAGCAGGGACCAAGGCUGCAGCAGUGUAGAGCCCAUCCCUGUGAGACGGGACUCCAAAGACAGGAGCUGCAGCUCCUUAGAACCCAUCCCAUUGAUAAGAAGAGACUCUAAGGACAGAGGGAUUAGCAAUGGAGACCUGAUGCCAAGGAGAGACAGCAAAGACCGGAGUGGGGGGCAUGGAAUGGAGUCUUUGCUGAGACAGGACAGCAAAGACAGAGAGAGACUGCUAGAUCAGCCGCCUGAGUUGUUACCAAGGCAAGACAGCAAGGAGAGGGCAAGGAAUGGAGUAGACUGUAGACAUGAAAGCAGAGAGAGACUGCUGGAUCAUCCACCUGAGCUCUUACCCCGACAGGAUAGCAAAGAGAGAGCCAGGAACGGUGUGGACUCAAAACAUGAAAGAGACAGGCCACCUGAGCUUCUGCCCCGACAAGAGAGCAAAGACAGAGCUAGAACUGGAGCAGAAUAUAGGCACGAUAGCAAAGACCAUCGUCCUGAUUUGUUACCCCGACAGGAUAGCAAAGAGAGAGCAAGGAAUGACAUGGAACAUAGACACGAUGGUAGAAUAGACCAGCCACCUGAGAUCCUUCCCCGACAAGAAACAUCCAGAAGCAGCAAGGACAGGGUUGGCUACAGCUCUGAAUCCAAGCAUGAAGGCAGAGAUCGGAGCUGCCACAACGGAGAUCUUCCUCCUCCUCCUCUACCCAGACAGGACAGUAAAGAUCUGAGCAGAACUGGCCUCGAAGUGAGGCGGGACAGCAAAGACAAAAGUCUAAAUGGCUCAGAUCAACAUCAUUAUGAUGUUAAAAACACCAAGAGCCCUACGGCAAUGGAGUACAGGUGUGAUAGCAAAGAAAGAGGAUACAGAUCAGAUGGCACGCCCCGACGAGAUAACAGAACAAAUUACAGCAUGGACCAAUCAAAAGCACAAGAGAGGAAUGGCAGCACAGUGUCAGGGCAGCAUUCAUCCACGACGACACCCACUCAUCACGGGAGAUCGUCUGGUAGCCCUCCAAUGACUGUGGGAACUGGAAAUGAUCUGAAAGCAGCACCUAAGUAUAGCCGCUCACCUUCUAUGCCUGCUAACCCAUCACCAAUGGGAACUCCACAAAGGAGAGCAGCAGAGACACAUCAAAGCCAGAUGCCCCAGAUGCCAUGGGUAUGUGGAGACACGACUAUGCUAGAGCAGAUCGAGAGGAAACGCACCCUCUGCAUGGAGAUCCGCUCCAGACAACAUCCACACCUGCAGAGAUCUCUGGAGAGGCCUCCUCCGGACAGGAACGAGGACAGACACCAGGAGCGGAGUCAGUGCAAGCAAGAAAGCCCGUCUGUCCUCCCAGGCUGGGGGAAAAGCAGCGGGGCCAAAAAGAUCCGUCCUCCCCCAUACCCUACACAGACAACCGUAUUCUGGGACACGGCCAUCUGACUGUAACGACAAACACACUUAAACACCUCUCUGCCACACAACCCACAAUUACCCAUGCCCUCUCUCCUCUGGGUUGUGCUGUUUCUUCCCUGCAACAUCAGGGUUAUCAGGACAGCCAAUAAGAGCACCAGGGGGAUGAUACUCUCUGAUGUCAAAGGACAAUGGUGGUUACCAUAGCAAUAUUUCUGCUUGUUCAGGUUGUCACGUUUUCUUAUCAUCACUGGUGAUAUUUGAUAUUUUUAUAUUUCCUGUGACUGGAUUCUUGUAAUAUAAUUAGUAGAAUAGAUAUUUGAUGAAUAGAUAUUUUCUAAAUCAGAUGGGAAUUAAAAAGCAGCUUAAAUUAUGUAUAGUAGAUGUAGAUGCAAUCUAAUGUUUGUUUUUAUGUUAUUUUUGUUUUGGUUACUUUACAUUUGAAAGCAUAAUCUAUCAAUACUUGUACUGUAGUAGCAUAAUUUUCUUAUGCCCAACUCUUUUAUUUGUGCUUAAAAGCACUAAAAUGAAUGGACUAUUCAAUUCUGUCUAUAUACUUUACAUUUUCACUGUUGUAUCGUAAGUUGAGGAGUUGCGUCGAUGUGCUUUAGAUUACAGCGCCCUCCAUGCCUGGUCCAGUAUGUUCUAGAAUGUACAACAGACAGUCCUAGAACAGAAACAGGAAACUCUGUGUGCUUCAGUUUGUAUUUCACAGUAAGAAGCUAAGUAGUCACUUCGUCAAAAGCCUUUUGAAGCGGUUGAAUCGUUUUAUAGAAAAACCUGUUGGAUGGCAUGUAAUAGAGGACACAGAAAGUGUGAAAUAUUUCUGCUGUAUUCUAAGAUACACUUUGAGGGUGGGUUGGGGAGGUAGUAAAUUAGAACAUACAUUAUUAACAGUAUAAUUUCCAAAACCAGCCAAAGCCUGUUAAAGCAAGAUAUGGUGUGGUUGCACUUUGGACGGCUGGUUAUUUCAAAUGGGGUUGGUGGCAAUAGCUGGCGAAUACCAGCGUCCUUACUUUGCCAUGCACACUGAGAGCACCAUGACACAGUGUAAAUACUUGAUGCCAACAACCAGCCCGUACAAUCAACACUUUUAGAACAUUUCUUAAUUUUACUGCAGAUUAUAAUAGCCAUAUACACUUGCUUAAGAAAUAAUUUUCAAGAUUAUGCUUAUAUAUAUAUUUUUGAAAAUGUUACAAGUAGCGAGCUGUGCCAUGUAAGUUUUCAUUUUUUUGGCUGGGGGGUAAAGCCUCAGGAGACUGGCUGUGUGUGAUAUGCAGUCAUCGAUGAUUGGUUGUCCCUGAAAAUAUUCCCAAUUCAAUUGGCUGGCAACCAUUUUAGAAAUCAAAUCAUAUAAGGACCUAUAACAUGGCAACAGUUCUACCCAGUCAAAAGGACAGGGGUUGCACAAAGGCCUACAAAUCUUUGAGGCUUUGUAAAGAAAACUGCACUACCCAUCAUCUUCAAUCACAUUGAAUCAGGCUGGUAACAUACAUGUCCCUCUCCCCCUGCUCUCUCCCUCUACCUCAGCCUCCUACUUACAUCAUCUAAAUUGGUUCUCUUUUGCACAUUCAAAUGCAAUGUCCACAUUGCCAAAUUAAUAUGGGUUUGAUAUAUGAGCUAGCUCUCAGAGUGCAAGUGCAGUACCCCCUCUCUGGUGAGAAUCAAUGCUACAGAGGUCCCUCUUUGUUGUAUCUGUAUGUGUAUGUGAGGGAGAGAGCUGUGUGUGUGUGCCAAGCUACAAUGUAUGCAAGUUGAAUCUUUAAAAAUGAUUGUUUUAAGACAUUCACUUUGCCCUAUCCAUGAUGUUGGUGGGUGGAGGUUAGAAAUGUAAUAAUGAUGAUGUACAAUCUUUUUGUGUGUAUAAACGUGCACUGUGAAAAGGUAGAGAGAGCACCGCACUGUCAGAGUCCUCUGUCUUAUUGCACUGAGUGUUCUCUUGUUUUGCGUAAUAAAAAAGAAAAGGAAAAAACAUGUUUGAGGAAAAAAGUACUGUAUUCUGAUUGUCACUUGGGUUCUGUUGAGAGAAAUAAAUAAAUAUGAACUUGAAACCUGCUAUGUGAACAACA